UAAGUGUGUUCUAAAUUGACGUAAUUGGGUCACGGGCUGCAAAUCAAAUGCGUAAAUUUUAGUAAAAUGUCAAGAAAUCAUAUGUUACUGGGGAUUACGGUAAUAUAUCAUCAGAGGAUAUUGCAGUUUUACUCCAUACAAGUAUAUAACUCAUAAUUGAAUGUAAAGAUGGGCUAACAGUGAGGGGAUGGACACUAUUCCAGGUUCUGUAUCACUACCAUUGUUAGGUAUUGGUGUUUUUACCUUAUUGCUCAGUGUGGUCUUCUGCUGCUAUAUGUGGAAGCUGAAAAGAGAUGCAAGACAAGAAAGAGGGUAUAGAAGGAUUGAAUUUUCACCAAAAAAGAAAAAUUUAAGAAAUGAUACUUGCCCAGUAUGCCUUGAUGAAUUUCUCUCGAAAGAGAAGAUAGCAAUAUGCACCUGCCACCAUGUAUUUCAUUCAAAGUGCCUACUGGAAUGGUUGCGACACAAGAACAACUGCCCAAUGUGUAAAGCACCAGUGCGUAAAGAUACAUCUGCUUCGUCGUCGCGCGUCAGCCCUGCAGAGACGACGGGACUUAUACUCUCUAUACCUCCCGCUAGACUUGACUCUGUGUCCGAAGAAUAAAACCGAUGAACAAUGUUGAUAGUAUUUUACUCUAUCUACAAAAGUGCUAAUUUUAUUCUUGAAUCAGUGUGUUAUUUUUCGUAUGAAGUUUUUUUUAUUCAGAGAGAAAAAACAUUAGAGAAGACAUGCUCAUUAGAAGUGUUUCAUGACAUAAACUUUUACAAGUUACAUGUAAGUUGUUCCAGUUAUUUUUCAAGUUUUCGUAAAAGAUUCCAGAUUGAAAAAAAAACUUUUUCCCGGUUCAGCAUUCAGAGUCACAAUGUACCUUCAUCAACAAAAGAUAAAUUGUUUUGAAGCAUCCAUUAACUGUAAUUCAGAAUUCAAUUACUUCGGAAGAGUUAAGAUUUCAUGAUCUGCUCUCCAGAUUCAGGGUUUAGAGAAAAUGUUAGUGUAAAACAUUGUAACAAAGAGUUGAGCAUUAAACAUUUUGAAGCCCUUACAGAAGAGUGAUUGAGAAUUUAAAACCAAAGUUUGUCAGGAGAAAGUUACUUUUCAAAACCAAAGUUCGUCAGGAGAAAUUUACUUUUCAAAACCAAAGUUAUUAAGACAAGCUGUGAUAUAGUGGACUAACUGAAUUGGACAUAAUUAUCAUAUUUGCAUAAUUAUGUAUUUGUUUUAAAGGCACAUUAUGCCCCAGAAACGAAUAUUUUUUUCCUACUUUAGAAAAGGGAAAACCUGAGUUCUAUAAUGUUUAGAUAAUAGUUUUAGCGCUGUUAAAUAUUUAUCACCUGAAGAAUUUACCACUGCGUGUGGCAUUAUUGUUUAUGAAAGUAAUAAAAUGUAAAAACAGUGGUAUUGUGAAUUCCAUAUAAAAUACUUAAUCACUGUAACUGUACUUACUGCCAAAAAGAAACAAAAGAUGGUUAGAGAAUUGUUCAAUGAGUAACAUUUUGAAACAAUGAAAGGACACCAAAAGUGAAAAAGCAUUUUAGAAAUAGAAUUAACAGCAUUUCUGUAGCAUAAUUUGCCUUUAAGGUAGAUUUUAGAAAGCUGUAUAUACGUGUAUCAGGGGUUUGAAUAGUAAUCAGUAGAACAGUUGAAAGUAAAUUUGUGGUCAAAAUCAUAACAAAGAACAACUUCCUUAAGCAAGCUGAACAAUGUGCAAAAUAUUAGAUUGGAGCAGACAUUUCUUAAUCAAUAUUAAUAUUUCUUUCAAGUUUGAUUAUAUGAAUAUAAUAUUUAUGAACCAACAUCAUUUCUUAAAUUUUUUCUUUUUUGGGAGCAGAAUUUUUUGUUAUGCUAAUUUUUCAAAAAUGAACAAAGCAGUCCUAGUGUUUAAAAUACAUGUACAUUUUGAAAUAUGAAAAAAAUGUUAUAUGAAGAAUUAAGUAUUUUUUGCCAGUUGUGUAAACUGAGAUAUUUUUGUGACAUCAAUAUUUCAGACUAAUUGGGCAAGGUUUAAUAAAUGCGCAUUUUCACUUUCAAUACACUGUUAAAUUUUAAAAUUGAUUGUGAUAAACUUGGCAAAUAUUUUGUGAAAUUUAAUCCUUUGCAAAAAUUUCAGAUUUUACAUUUUUGUUUUACAUCCUUCAGGCAGAGAAUGUGUGUCUAUAAGGGCGAUAAUUUUAUCAAUAUCAUUUUCAUUAAAACAGAGUGAUCGUGUUGAAUUCGAGAUUAGAUUCUGCUCAUAAUGUUUUAAGCAAAUUUAUGGAAAAAAUAUUUGGUCAAGUGACAGGACAGAAUAAAAUGUAUAAUGCAAAUGAUGGUAAAAGAAAAAGAUGAAUCAGUAACACCUCUUUAUUUCAUGCUUUCCAGUGUUUUAUUGUAAUAUAUCAGAUGAUUAUAUUCUGAAAAACCACUAGUGAAAUUUAUAAAAUAUAAUUUUCACUGUAGCCGGACUAUAUCUGAAUGCGGAUGAAAAGAAAAUCAUAACUAAAUGGAAUAACAGGCAGAAAUUAAUGCCGUCGUGCGUAAAUUUUGCUUCCUCAGGAAAAGAAAGUCGAUGUCAUCAUACAGCAUGUUAAAAACGUAACAAAAUUAAAGAAAUUUUACAGACCUAUAUUUCAAAAUUGAUUAUGUGACGUCAUGAUGUGAUGACGUCACAAAGGAGAAUGCGUGACGUUACGCG